AAUCUAGACCCCACUCAAUAAAUACUCACUCUUCAACACACACCACCUUCCACCAUCGUCUUCGUUGCUAAUUCGAUUCUCAUCUCCAUGGCGCUGCAGAGGUUGUUGAAGAGGAAAGGAGGCGUCGAUGAACUCAACGACGAUGUCCCUCUCGCUUCGCCAGCCACCAAGAUUCGCCGUCUCGACGCUGAGUUGCCGCCAAUUGUGGAAGAGGACAAACCAUUACUGUUACCUAACGAGGAGAGAGCUCUCGUGCUCUUCAAGCCUCUCGUUCAUUCCCAUUCCUCUUUCUCUCUCACUCUCGAUCCUGACCUUAUGAAUGGAAUUAGGAACAAUCAAUAUCUGUGGUCCAAAGAAUGUGAGCGCGUGACAGAGUUAGAAUCACGUGAAAAGGAAAAUGAUGAAUUGGCUCUUGUGCCUUGGGUACCUUCACCUUCUUACCACUACCAGUUCUCCCCUGUUGAUGAUUCUGACAACACAAAUGCGGAGUUGAUGGAAGCUGAUGAAACGGGAUCCAUGAUGAUGGAUAUUGAACAAGAACAUGACACUGACAUUGACGCUAAAAUUUCAACAUCAAGCAUUCACUAUCCAACGACACACGGUGGAAUAACAGAGGGGUUCCAGCAACACUGCUUGUUACCACAGCUUCCUCACAACACCUCAACCCCCAUCACAUGGACCCGCUGAAAUUUGUUGGGCUUUUUUUUUUUUUUGAUAUAGUGUUUAGUAUACCACUAUUUUCUUUACUGUUAAGCGAGCUUUUCUCUUAUUUAGGACAAGGGGGUAUUAGACUAGAGUACUAGAACAAACUUGUUUAGUUUGCUUUUGCGGAAUGGGAAUCUCUCUUUGGAAGAGGCCAUCCAAGUGGAACAACGAAAAGAAUUAAUGUGCAUAAUGCUUUUUUUGUUGCCUUCUUUGAA